AUGGACAACUCAAACAUCAAGUCUGAGCCUGUCAAUAAGAAACCAACCAUCAAAGACGAACCCAGAAGCCAAUCUCCGCCCAUGAAAACAAUCAAGAAUGCGCCUCGCUUCCCUUCUCCUCCGCCACCACCAUCUCUGCCUCCGCCAAAUCCUAGGGCUCUCCCUCCUCGCACUACACGUGCACACUUCAUUACUCCUGACCAGCGCGCCAUCUUUGGGCCGGCAGUUGAACCAUUUGAGAGGACAGACAGGGUGGGGGCUCUCCCCCUCGCACUACACGUGCGGACUUCAUUACUCCUGACCAGCGCGCCAUCUUUGGGCCGGCAGUUGAACCAUUUGAGAAGACGGACAGGGUGGGCCUAG